AUGUCUGAGUUAAAGUGGACUACGAAACAAAUAAUAACAUUUUUAAACGUUUUUCAAAAUUAUCCUUGUUUGUGGGACGUUACGUCGAAAGACUAUUUAAAUAAAAACUUUAAAGAGGUGUCGUACAACAAACUAUUAGACAACUUACACAUGUCAGAUAUACCAGGAUCACUUGAUUCUUUGAAAAAAAAAAUAAAAAGUUUACGUGAUACCUACCGCAAGGAAUUGCAAAAGGUUCAAAAAUCAAAAAAAAGUGGUGCCGGUGCAAAUGAUGUAUACAAGCCAAAGCUUGCAUGGUUUUCUUCAGCUGAAGUAUUUUGGCAACGGUCUAUCAUAGGUAGAGAAUCAUCUUCAAAUUUGGUAAGUAAAUAG